CCGAGAUUUCACGACGCGGGCCGGAACUACACGACUUAACGACAUACCUAUUUAUAGAAUCGAACACGCCGCAUACGUGAGUCAACGUUACGUCCCGGAUGAAGCUCGUAUUGAAUUCUAUAUGAAUCCAGUUCACUUCCUGACUUGCCCCUCAUAUAUUUCUCGCUUAUCUCCUAUCAUAACAUAACAGAUCGGCGCGAGCAUCUCGGCUGCUUCCCGUUCAACUCUCAAGACCAACUCUCAAGAUCACUACCACAAAGCUAUAACGCAGAUACCAGUAGCAGGACACUGGGUGCAUCAUGGCAGAUAGACAUACUCUCAUCUAUAGUAAACCCUCCACGCCAGCCCAUCAACCUGUUGAUCUCCCACCGUAUAUCACGAGACAUUACAUCCCCACCCCACUCGGUACCCUCGAGCUCCUAGCUGCUGAACCACCUGCUUCACCAGACUCUCCCAAUCUACCACGAAAGAAAGCGAUUCUUUUCCAACACGGCGGUUUCGGCUCCGCCUCCGUCUUCCUCCCCUUCCUAACCUACUUCUCGCAAACGCACCACCACCCCUCCUACGCUCUAUCCCUUCGCGGCCACGGCGCAUCGUGGACGCCGUCGUUCCUGCGUAUGGUGUGGGGAUAUCCAAAGGGGGCGUUUGCGGCGGAUUUGUUGGCGGGAGUGAGGUUUGUUAGGGGGUUGGAGGAGGGGAGGAGAGGGAGGACAGGUGGGAAGGAAGGGGAAGGAGAGAAUGUAGAUAUGGAUUGCGAGGGGAACGGGGAAGGGGAAGGGGAAGAGGAGGAGGAGAACUUGGUGCUGGUGGGUCAUUCGGCGGGUGGGGGAUUGACGCAGUUUGUGCUGAGUGAGGGGUUGGUGAGGGUUGGUGGGUACGUGUGUUUGGCUGGAUUUCCGGGGUUUGGGGGCUGGCGCUGCUACUGGAACUGGUUCAAAAUGGACCCCUGGUUCGUCCCCCGCUACUACAUCCGCGACCUCUGGCAUCCUCGCUCACCACUCUCCUCCACCACUCUCGUCCACCAAGCUUUCUUCAGCCCUUCGUAUCCCAUGUCGGAAGUCCGGAAGUUUGAGACUUUGAUGCCGGAAUAUGAGAGUAUGCUUUGGCCGCUGCAGAUGAUGACUAGGUUUGUGGAUGUGGGGAGGGUGGUGAGGAGUAUUGUUGGUUGGGGUAGGGGAGAGGGAGGGGGGAAGAGGAUGUUGGUUGUGGCGGGGGAGAAGGAUAGGUUGAUGGAUGUGGAGUUGAUGAGGGAGGUGGCGGCGGAGUAUAGGGUUGCUGUGAGGGAGUGGUGGGGGGCUUUAGUGGGCGAGACGAAGAGGGAGGGUGAGGGUUUGGUGGCGAGCGAUGGUCCUGGAGAGGAAGAUGGAGUGGGGUUCGAGGUUGUGAUGGGAUCGGGGCAUCAUGUGCAGAAUGAUCUUUAUUGGGAGGACUGUGCGCAGAAGAUCUUGAAGUUUGUGGAGCAGUUGUGAAGCUCAUGGGUUAGGUUUUGUGUUUUCAAAAAGCUCUACGGCUUGGCUUUGGCUUUGGCGUUCUUGGAUCUGUACUAACUGCAAAAUGGUGGGGGUUUUAUGCGUAUCUCAAUGACCACGUUCGCAUUUACGCAAUGUAUGAUUAACGAACCAAAGAAGAAACACCGCUCUGAAAUCCUGAUUUGUUUAGAUUUGCUAAGUUUUAACUUGAG